AAUUAUCUAAUUUAUAAAGUACGUCUGUAAGAAUGCAUUCACAAUCAUUUAUCGUAUCCGUGCAAUAAUACAUACAUAAUAAAUGUUACUUUUUGUAAGUAAUUAAGUUAUUCUAUGCAAAUGCACAGAAGUAAAAAAAAAUUUAAAAAGCAAAAUAACCUUUUGUCUCUCGUUCCUCAGCAUGUGAGACAAUAUGAACGCAUUUUUGCACUGCGUAUGCAUGGUAUUUUUGGUGGUAACUACAUCAUUAGUAGCGAGGUGCCUAGCCGCCACGUAGUAAACCCCGCCAGAUUCACUCGGCGUUAUAUUCCCAGUUCUGUGACUGGCCGCAGUCUCGACCCAGGAAGCCCUAGAGCCAAACCCGGGAAAGCCUAACUAUGUUUUAUGAGUUUGGUUUCCUGCAACCUGAUCAGUUCCUUGCAAGUUACAUAGAUUUACUUCUGCUGCAAAAAGCAUAUGGCUUGGGCUAAUGAUCUUUCUGAGUUGGGGCUCCUCAGCCACAGAAAGAUCAUUUUGGCGGCACUGAGAUUAAAUACCCACCUGCAUACAGUCCGCUCUCCCAUUCCAGUUCCCCGCGCGUCCUCUGAAGUGCUUUGAAAUUCGUAGUUUACACAAGCACGCGCACACAUACCCCGUUCGGAGGUCGGGGAAAUGUACACUAAAAAAGGAUAGUCAAAACAGACAAUUUUCCAUCUGUAAUUUCAGAAACACACACACUAAUUUGGGAGAGGAAGAAACUUUAAAUAUUUGUGUAGAACAUGCUUUCUUCGUGUUGUCAUGUGCUUACUUGGGUCUGUAUUCUGAAAAUGAACGCCCCUCUACAUACAUAGGCCAGUAAACUCAUGCACUGUAGCGGCUACGUCUGCCAAUUAGCCCAUUAAUGUUUUUUCCCAGUUUUUCCCAAUUUGUCAAAGUCACCAAAAUAUCCAGCAUUUUACAAAUAAGAAAGGUGUGAAGGUAUAUUUAAAAGCAAAAAAGUUCUGAAACUGAUUUUUUUGGUCCAUGAACACUGAAGAUUGGCGUUUCAAUUUAGAUUUUGUUCGAUUUUAGCAUUUGUUCUGAUUUUCAGGUCCUGACAUGCGGUCACAUUUUACUGCCUACGUCCGCGCGAUUUAUACACUAUCUUUCUCAAUCGUGAGAUUUUAUUUAUUUAUUUUUAUUAGGCUAAUGCAUUAAUUUAUUGGCAUCUAUUAUUUCUUAAUUUGCUGGAAAUGUUAUUGCAGAAAACGUAAUUCAUCGGUAUCUCAAGAUUUCGUGAGAAUUUAUUUUCUAACCUGGGCACAUAAUAUUACAGCAUACUUGUUUUGUUUUAUACCUUUUUUCGCUUUUUAAUAUAUUGAAUAAGUUAAAUUGUGUUUAUUCGUGUUUGUGCUUGUUUAGGAGGUGUAUUUGCACCACCACUGCUGAUCUUAAACUUUACAAAUGUUGCGGAUAUCGGCCUUUCCAUCCUGUUAAAUGAUGCAUGUCUUCAUAUUGUAGAAUCUUAAAAAUUUUUGUCAGAACUCCCCGAUAAAACCUAGCCUGCACAAAAAUAGAAUAUAAAUUAAAGAUUAAAAUUAUUACGAAAAUGAAUUAAACUACAUUAAGGUCGUUUCUCAAAGAGACCGCGAAUGGGUUCCGCCUUUAUAAUUAAUUUUGCAAGAGAGCAUUCGGGCACGAAACUGAGAUUAAAUGAAAAGGUAGAGCUGCAACCAAUUGAGGUUACAAAAUCUGCCCAUCAAAGUUUACGCGCUGCGGUAAUAUUGUCAUUUAGAAUAACAAAUUAACUCUGCAGCAAUGGCAAAAGAUAGGUUACAAUAAUAAUAUUGAAGAAUAGGACAAUAAUAGCAAAAAAAUUAAAUAACAGUCAAAUGUAACAUAACUGAACAAAAACAAUAAUACAAUAAAUUAUUUUGUUGGAUUAAUUAUUGUUUGAAGUUUUAUUACCUAUAUUUUAUUUUAGCAAUUCCAUUUUUAAAUUUCAUUUCAUACAUUUCGCAUGUUAAUAUGUGAAGCCUAUUUUAUGUGUUAAUCUGUUUCUAUUGAAGUUGCAACUUCAAUAUAUAGGCCUACUAGUACAACCUGAAUUAUUAUUAUUAGUAGUAGUAGUAGCAGCAGUAUUUUUGCCACAGAUUUAUCAGAGGGUUCCGAAUGUCUCGCUUGCAUAGUUCUCUGACUCAGUGUGUGGGUAUUUUUCCAAGUUGCGCUUCAAUACUCUUCGCGGCCAACCCAAGAGCCAGUGUAAAAAAACAAGAUUCCUAACGUCAUCAAAUUACCGUACAAACAGUCAAGACUUCUGAAUAUUAAUAUUCAUUCUGGCCAAUCGCAGUCCAGGUGUCAGUACGGGGGGGGACGUUCAACUGAAUUCCGCUGGACCAGGAUAAAACUGAUUGUUUCCGUAAAAGGAAUGAGGGUUGAUCCUAUUGCGGCUGCACGUCGUUUAAUAGAUGCCAAGAAAAAGGAUUACUGAAUGAAACUACGGGCAGAACGGUAAAACCACAGUCUGAUUAAGUGGGCUAGGAUGUAACCUCAAGAAGUUUUAAACAAAUCACUGGAAUUUGUGCUACGUCGCCAUGGUGUCCUUAUAAAUGUGAAGGUCAUGGAUGGUCGUGCUGAUUUGGGAAUUUAUCAAAUGUGCGUGGUUCUUCUCGUCUUAUUUUCGGUAUGCCCCCUCCUCUGUCGAGGAAAUUGGAUGUGGCUGGGCGUUAUGUCCGCGGGAGUGCCUGAGAAUCUGGGAUGCGAAAGUCUACCGCUCACGAACGAACAGAAGGAUCUGUGCAGAAGAAAACCGUAUCUCUUACCGAGCAUCAAGGACGGCGCGCGCCUGGGUAUAUCCGAGUGCCAGACGCAGUUUAAGCACGAGCGGUGGAACUGCUCCACCACCAAAGAUCUGUCCGUCUUCGGAUACGAGCUGAACAGUGGGACGAAGGAGACGGCCUUCAUCUUCGCGGUGAUGGCGGCGGGGCUGGUGCACGCGGUGACGCGGUCCUGCAGCGCGGGGAACGUGACGGACUGCGCGUGCGACGGCGGCCUGCCGGGGCGGGGCGCCCCCGGCGGGGGGGGCUGGCACUGGGGGGGCUGCUCCGACCACGUCCAGUACGGCUCCGCCCUCAGCCGCCACUUCAUCCACCGCUCCGUCUGGAACGUCUCCGCCCCGCACGGCCACGCCCCGCGCGGCCACGCCCCGCACGGACACGCCCCGCGCGGCCACGCCCCGCACGGACACGCCCCGCACGGACACGCCCCGCGCGGCCACGCCCCGCACGGACACGCCCUGCUCGCCAUGAACCAGCACAACAGCGAGGCCGGCCGACAGGCCGUCGCCAAGACGAUGUCCACUGCCUGCCGCUGCCACGGCGUCUCGGGGUCGUGCGCGGUGAGGACGUGCUGGCGGACGCUGGCGGCGUUCGGGCGGGUGGGGGUCUUCCUGAAGGAGCGGUACGAGGCAGGGGUGCAGGUGCAGGGCCGGUCCGAGCGCGCCGUCCGCAGGAAGGAGAGGGCCCGGCGGCGGGUCCCCGUGGCGCCCGACGAGCUCGUCUUCCUCCGCAAGUCGCCCAACUACUGCCUGGAGGACCGGCGGCUGGGCGUGGCGGGCACGCGGGGGCGGAGCUGCAGCCGGGCGUCGCCGGGGCCCGACAGCUGCAGCCUGCUGUGCUGUGGGCGGGGCUACAACACGCGCCUGGUGCGCCACGCCCAGCGCUGCGACUGCAAGUUCGUCUGGUGCUGCUACGUGCGCUGCCGUCUCUGCGAGAGCGUGAGCGACGUGCACACCUGCAAGUAGAGGCUCCGCCCCUUUCCCUAGCCCCUCCCCGAGACACGCCCCUUUCUCUAACCCCUCCCCCAGAGAGCCACGCCUCAGACCACUGGGAGCGGGCUGUGAUGUCACUGCAGUCCCCCUUGCGCAGACUCUGGGGUUCACAGACGAGCAGAGCGACAGGUUCACUGUUAAAAGGAUCGAUUUGGAUCAGGUAAAAGUGCCUUUGGGGGCAGAGCAUUUGUGAGUUUGUGGCAGAGUUCUGGCUUUGCCAUGCCAUUAAAAGGGAACACAAGAAUUGACUAGUAGUGAAUCUGUGAAAUUACAUUUUGCAAAUCUUAAAUAAAUUAUGGUAGAAAAAAUAAAUUCUGGUACAACGUGGUACUACAGACAGGACUUUAUUUGGUGUACGAAGUGACAAGAUUUUUUUAUUAGAAUUAAGGCACUUUUUAAACAUCGCAACCACAGCAUUCAUUAAUUCAGUCGUAUUAUAAUGCAGAAUCCAAAGUUUGAUGGUUUGGAAUUAAUAAAAAGGGGAUUUUCAGCAUCUUUAGCCUGAAGUUUGCAGUUAAACAACAGUAUGUUCGAAUGUAGAUUAAAAUCGGGGGAGGUUUUCUUUAAGUGCUUCGUUAUGUAAAGACAACUAAGCUGCUUCUGGAAAGUUAACAUGUUCAGCCUGUACAAUUUCUUAAAGAAUAAACUCAGCAAGGCAGAAAAAUAUAUAAGAAAUGAACAUAUUAAGGAAUGAACAUAUUACUUUUUUAUAUUUUAUAUACAAUUUAAAGUGGCAUUAUUUUUUUAUUUAAUCUAUUUUGAAGCAUGCAUUGUUUGACAGUGUACAUUUUUAAAGCAGUCUGCUUACUUUUGAAUGCCUGUCGUAACCUUGCUGCCGUUUUGCCGUGUUCGUUCCAUGGUUUGGGGUGAGCGGUGGGGUUAUCAGAAGCUCCAGUAUUAGUAAGAUAAAGCCCUUUGAUCCUCUGGGUUUUUUGUGUGUGAAAAGCCGGCUCUUCCCUUCCUCUGUCUCCGCCUGUCGUCUCUUUGCUCUGAGCGUGGAGCAGUGGCUCGUCAGAAGUGGCAAACCAGUGCUGAAUACCGCAGGGGCUUUCUCCAAAGGGGCUGAAGACUAACAGCUCAUCCUCCAUUUCAACACACCAGGAACAGCGUACAGCGGGAACUGAAUCCACUGACUUUAAGGCAAACAGACUGAAAGACUGAGUUGUUGGUCGUGAUACAAAUAUAUGGAAUUCAGAGUCUGGAAAAAUGAGAAAUUUAUUGACAAAGCUUAAUUUUUAUGCAUCUUUUGGUCAACAUAUCAGCACGGCAAACUAUUGCUGAACAAAUGUAUUUUUGUAUUUUUUGUAAUAUUUUUCAAUAAAUUAUUUUAUAACACCUGUA